CUGUGCGCAUGUGUGCCGUUCAUGAACUGCAUCCUCCUCUGAAAUUCAUACAACUUAAUACAAGAAAACAACAUGAUGAAAAGGUAGCAAGAAAAGAAAUAUAUUACAAGUGGAAAAGUUCUGCUUUGGCAUGUCUACCUGGAAAGUCAGAGUCCUGAUGGCACUGUGCUUCCUGCAGCAGACUAGAGGUCAUGUUCAACUUCCCCCUCCUCAAAAUGUUACACUACUAUCAAAGGAUUUUGACAUAAUUUUGACAUGGACUCCAGGAGAAGGCUCUCCACCAGAUGUGACAUACACAGUGAGGUAUGAAAGCCAGGAACGCAUGGAGAAAUGGAUAAAGGUUCCUCAUUGCAAAAAUAUUCACAGAACUUCUUGCAAUCUGACUUGUGUGCUUCGAAACUUCUUUGUUAAAGUCCGGGCUCGAGUAAAAGCUGUUUCUGGACGAUUCCAGUCACCAUGGGUAGAAUCACAAUUCAAGGAAUACCAUUUGGAUGUGGAACUGGCUCCCCCAGUGCUAAACGUGAAUGUCAAGGAGAACUUAAUCCAUGUGAAUGCCUCCUUCCCUUUGGCCACCUGUGUGGAGAGUUUCUCAUGGAUGUAUGACUUGAACCUUUGGGAAGCUGGAUCUGAAGACAAGAAGAAAUACGAAGGUAUCUUUAGGAAGAAUACAGUGACUAUCGAUACCACUGCACUUAGAGGCAACUACUGUUUAAGUGCCAGAUCUUCCUUCCAAAGCAUUGACUUCAAGCACAGCAAAUUCUCCCAACCGGUGUGUGUGCUAUUAAACCACAAAGCAGUGGAAUGGAAGUUCCCAUUUUCUGCCAUGAUCCCUGUGUUUGUCCUCCCCAUCUUUCUGACGAGUGCCUUCAUCAUCUGCUUGCUGAAACAAGAUGCUAAGCGAAAGAAGAUGCCUCAUGCUUUGGAUUUAUCUCAUUUAAAAGCUGCUGGACCAGCCUUUCACUGUGAGUUCAGUGAAAAGGAAUUCUUCAGGGACUAUCUUAUCUGCACAGAGAAGCCAAUGUCACAAAGGAAGACAAACAAAGCUUUAGCAAGAAACAACCUACCACAGAUGGCUUCUUUCCUCUCAUCAUCAUCAACAUCAUCAUUGGAGGAGGAAGAGGAGGAGGAAGAAGACAGCAGUACUUUCAUCCCAUACACUGAAAUGCCUCAGUUUCCAAAGAGACAUCUCAACUGUCAACCAUCCAGAACAGCUCAGGGGGAAACUAGCUUGGACUCUGGAUCUGGAGGUCUCUCUGUGGACAGUGAAUCUGUGCUUGACCUAAGUACCUUGGGUUUUUCUUUCUUUCCAAUGAGAAAGAAUGAGGUGGACACCUCAGGAUCCCAAGGAAAUGAGAAGGCAUCCCUUUCUCACAGUUCCUCUUUGGGAAGAAUAUCCUUCACUGAUGUGAGAUCCCCAGGUCCCAGGGAACAUGGACAGCAUGAUACAGACAGGGAUGAAUGCCUGGAAAUGACCCCUCUUCAAACACUGAUGGAGGGGAUUUGUGCCAAACGUCCAGCCAAUGAGCACUACUUGCACAGGAAGGCUCAUCAUUUCACCAAGUAUUACCAGAAACCAAUAGUUGAUCUGCAUGUCCAGAUCGGUGAGAUACCACAGCGCAGUGAGGACCCCAGCACCGAGCUGCUCAUUUCCUUUCAGACAUUACAGGUGGCAGAAGAUGAAGGUAUUGCAAGUGACUGUGACAGCAAUAAUUUUACAGAAGGGACACCUCCCGCAUCCACGGUGCUAAGUGAUGCAUUUGAAACUUCAAAUAUGGAGGAAAAAUAUGAUCAAAAGUUUAAAUUCAAAGGCUACGAGCACACACAUUACAUGGGAAGGAGCUAGAGUACCCUAGCAGUUCUGUGGCGUGUCUGGAAAAUGCUGGAGAGUUCCAGAUAUCCAGGCAAUGAUACCUAAACAAGAACAAGGACAAAUAACUGAUACUGGUGCUUUUUGUAUUUAUUCAUCUAGACGGAGUUUUUUUCUACUGAUGUCUGGCCUAUCAAGGCAUACAGCUUUAGGGACACAAAAGGCGUAUUUUUACUGCUAAGUAACUAAUGUAUGUUCACCAUCCCUCUGUACAAGUACAGCUGUGAUAAAGCGUUAAGGCUCUGGUAUGAGGCACACUAUUCAAAGCCAGCCAGGGGUGAGGCAUGCAGUGAUACCUCAUGUGGGUAUCACACAGCAAACACGCAGUGCCUUGUGUUCACCUGAGACUUCAGAGCAAGGUAACUUUUACAUGUGAGUUAUGAAAGGCAAAACCACAUCUGAGACAGCAAAAACACAACCUGGACCUGUGUGAAACCAUCAGCUGGGUUCUGAAAAUGCAGAGUGUUGUGCCUGCAUGUUAAUUUUGAGCUAGGAUGACCUGCUAACAUUACAUUUGCUUCUCUGUAACUGCAAAACUGCACCCCUGCUUAACUGAAAGUACCUUACAGAGACAUUUAGCAACCUUUGCUUUGUGCAGGAUGAAGAGAUCUCCACCUCAAUCUAUAGAGAUCACCUUCUGUGUUUCAACAGAGUGAACUGAAGACAAAGUGAUAAAUGUGCAGCAUGUUUGUUUAUUUAUUUAUUUUUACACAAAUAUACUUAUUGAAGCUGAAA